CAAAGAACGCCUUUCCUCCUUGUCUCAGUCGAUGAACGUUCCGCGAUCUAUUUGUUUGUUCAGCAUCGAUACGUAUCGUUUCGAAUCGAUUGGCAAAAAAACACGAAGAAAAAAAAUUAAUAAAUAGAUAUAAAAUGAAAUGAUCGUAAAAGUUGCAAAUAAGUGAUUUAAAAUGCGUGUUAUUAUAACAUUGAUUAUCACGAUAUUUUUCAUUGUUUAUGUUGUCGAUUCUAGCAUUACACGAGAUGAAGAUCUGGAGAAAAAUCUUCGAGAAAGAUGGAACGACGAUUUUGUGAUCAUUUUUUCAAACAUGAAAUCGAAAAAGAAACAAUUUCAAGUAAUGGUCGAAGUCCUUCUAACAAUAAAAUAUGAAAAAUCGAAAAUGGUACUUAUGCUCGAUAGACGAGCAAAACGAGUAAUCCUCGAGAAUAUCGACGAAGCUGGCCAUCGCAUAGCACAGCACAUUAACAUGGACAAUUUGAACAUAAAUUCGAAUUUUCCAUCAAAGAACGUAAUUUUCCUGGUCCAUCAAUCUCAACCAGGAGCUCGAAUGGCUCUUUACAUCGAUUGCAUUUAUCGAGGCGUGAUACCUUUGAAGAAAACCUUCCGUGAAUUAACAAAUAGCGAAGAUAACCUUCUUCACAUAGAAGCGUUCAGGGAAAGGAAGAGUCAAGUAAAGAUAUAUCCAUUGGCAAAAAGUAUGGAGGCUCUGCAAAAAGAGAAUUGUCUUAGCACUUUGACUGAUACGGAUACAGAAUCUCAAGAAUUAAGAUCGAUCGACGAUGAUAACAAUUUCGAGACACCUUCGUUCAAUACUGCUCGUAUAAAUUUACAAAACAAGCAAAAUCACCAUGCUCAUCGAUCGAAGGAAUACAAUCACGAUGAAACGAUUGAUUUAUUCGAAGAUAUUGAUCAGAAUUCGAGAUCAAAUCGUCAUUCUGUUCGAGAUCGAUCGAAUCGAUAUAAGCACGAAAACGAUCGUAAUAAGUAUCUUGAAUUCGAUCACCAAGAUUUUUCGAGUCUAAUGAAACGUUUGGAACAGCCUAAAUAUUUCAAUGAACCUAUUCAGGAAAAGCUUGAAGUAUUAAGUAAUUUAAAUGAAUCGGAUAUAUUGAAUCAACCAAUUAAUAUAUAUCAUAAGAGGGUUCCAAGAAGAGGAGACAUAGGGAUUCAAUCCUUGGAUGAAAGAGUUUGUCUGACAGAUAAUCAGAUAGUAAAAACAUUGAACGAAUUGAUUGGAGCUACCAAAAAAAUCUGGCGAGAAAUCGAAUUAAACAGAUUGGAAACGCAUCGCGUUCUCCAAUUAAUCGAAAAUUGUGCAGCUUGUCGUGAACCGCCCGUUCCGUUGAUGACUACGACGCCAGCACCACCUAGUUGCUCUUAUAAAUCGCCCUGCUUCCCUGGCACGGAAUGUCGUGAUACACCACAUGGACCUCAAUGCGGAGCAUGUCCGCCAGAUUAUACCGGCGAUGGAUAUCGUUGCGUGAAAAUUACUUAUUGUUUAAAAUUUUUCAGUUGUGGAAAUUGUCCCUUUGGAUACAUAGGUAAUGGUAAGCAUUGUGAGCUUAAGAAUGUUUGUGAACCUAAUCCAUGUUAUUCGGAAGUACAAUGUGAUUUGAUUUCUGAACCACCAUUUUAUAGAUGUGGUGUUUGUCCAAAUGGAUUCGCUGGUAAUGGCUCUGUAUGUAUUGACAUAAACGAAUGUGAAUUAGCACAACCAUGCUCUUUAGGGGUACAAUGUACCAAUCUUCGUCCAGGAUUCAGAUGCGAUCCUUGUCCACCAGGAUAUACUGGUACAAUGAUCGAAGGAGUUGGCUUAGAGAUUGCAAUGAGUCGCAAACAAAUUUGUCAAGAUAUAAACGAAUGCGAAAAUAACAAUGGAGGUUGUGAUCCAUACAUGGAAUGUAUUAAUACAGAGGGUUCAUAUAGAUGUGGUGCAUGUAGGGCGGGUUUCAUUGGAAAUCAAACAGUGGGUUGCCAUCCUAGUCACAGCAUUUGUCCAGAUUUAAUAACCCGUUGCGAUGUAAACGCUGAAUGCAUUUGCAUAGAUACUAAUGUAUAUUCAUGCAGAUGUCGUGUAGGAUGGACUGGAGAUGGUCUAAUUUGUGGCGUAGAUAGAGAUAAUGAUGGAAUUCCUGAUAGGAAUCUUCAUUGUCGUGAUCGGCAUUGUCGUAUGGAUAAUUGUCCAUUAACACCAAACAGCGGACAAGAAGACGCAGAUAGAGAUGGCAUAGGCGAUGCAUGUGAUCCGGACGCUGAUGAUGAUGGUGUUUUAAAUUCUUCAGAUAAUUGUCCUUUCAUUUCAAAUCCUGGUCAAGAAGAUAGUGAUAAUGAUGGUCCUGAUUUAGUAGGAGAUAUUUGCGACAAUUGUCCUCGAGUAAGAAAUCCGAAGCAGGAGGAUACUGAUGAUGAUGGCAUUGGCGAUGCUUGUGAUCCUGAUAUCGAUAAUGAUGGUAUUCUGAAUAAUCAGGAUAAUUGUCAAAAAAUAAAAAAUCUAAAUCAAAAUGAUAUAGAUGAAGAUGGAAUAGGCGACGCAUGCGAUAAUUGUCCUUACAGGUACAAUCCGAAUCAAUUGGAUCAAGAUGGCGAUGGAGUAGGUGAUGAUUGUGAUAAUGAUAAUGAUAGAGAUAGAGAUGGAGUACAAGAUGAUAGAGAUAAUUGUCCUGAUGUGGCAAAUUCAGGACAAAAUGACGAUGAUCAUGAUGGUAUAGGAAACGAAUGCGAUAAUGAUAUGGAUAAUGAUGGUGUACCGAAUUCAAAUGAUAAUUGUCCUUAUGUAUAUAAUCCAGAUCAACGUCAUACACAUAAUAAUUUUAUCGGAGAUGCUUGUUGGCAUGAUUAUGAUAACGAUACCGUGAAAAAUAUACAUGAUAAUUGUCCUAACAAUAGUUUGAUUUGGGCAACAGAUUUCAGGAAAUAUACUACAAUUGCUUUAGAUCCAUUUGGUACAGCUCAAGAAGAUCCUGUCUGGGUAAUACACAAUGAUGGUGCAGAAAUUCAACAGCUUGUGAAUAGUGAUCCUGGAAUUGCCAUUGGACCGGACAUUUUUAGUGGCGUAGAUUUCGAGGGUACAUUUUUUGUUGACGAUGAUGGAGACGAUGACUUUGUUGGUUUCGUAUUCUCUUACCAAGAUAAUCGUAGGUUCUACAUUGUAGCCUGGAAAAAAGCUCAUCAGCCAUAUUGGGUCCCAACACCAUUCAGAGCAGUAGGUGAUCCAGGAAUAUACUUAAAACUUGUCGAUUCAGAUACUGGUCCCGGUGAAAUUCUUAGAAAUAGUCUCUGGCAUAAUGAGAAUACAAUAAAUCAAGUAAAAAUUCUUUGGCAUGAUCCAAAAAAAAUUGGCUGGAAAGAAAGAACGUCAUAUAGGUGGCAGUUAUUACACAGACCUAAAAUAGGUCUGAUCAGGUUCCGACUUUAUCAAGGAAAACAACUAAUGGCAGAUUCAGGAAACGUUUAUGAUUCGACUUUGAAAGGAGGAAAAUUAGGUGUUUAUUGUUUUUCUCAAGAAAAGAUUACUUGGUCGAAUUUGUUAUAUGUGUGUAAAGAAACUGUUCCUUUAUCAGUAUGGAAUGAUUUGCCAUUGAAUUUGAAAAAAGAAAUAAAUGUGGAUAUAAAUAAUGAAAUAAAAUCUCAAUACAGUCAAAAAUCUAUCUAUUACGACUCACAUUAAAUUUUCAAAUUUUAUUUUGUUAUAUCGGAAAAUGCGAUUAAAUCAAAUAUUAUAGAUUUGAUUCAUAGUACAUAUCCCGUUAAAAAAUGAAAAAAUACUCGUUACUUAUAUGUAUAUACAUAUGUAUGAUUUUAUGUAAGUAUAUCUUCCAUUUAAUAUAAUUAAACUUUGUUCUAUCCUUUUUUUUUAACUUUUUUUCUAUCUCUUUGUAUGAAAUUUGAAAAUUUUUAACAUCUAAAUGUAUGUGAUUCAAGAUAUAAUAUGACAAAUAUAUUUUAAUUAAUCUUAUUUCUUUUGCUAAGAAUGAACAAAGUCUAUACGAGCAAAAUCUUAAAAAUAUAUUAUAUUUUGCGAAAUACAUAUAUAUAUGCAAUGAAUGCUUAAUACUAUCUAAUAAAGAAAGAUUACAGUCUACUAAAUGUGCGCUUUUUGAACAAAUUGAAUUACAUUUAUUAAUUCUCAAUUGGUAGACCGAAGAUAGUUCACAAAUGUUUGAAUUAAAUUAAUCUAGCUUUAUAGUAUUUCAUUUUAUUUUUAUGUGGCCAGGCAAGACUUUUAUCGGUUUUGAUCUCGCCUAACAACGAAAUUCUCAAUAUUAAAAAACUUGUAUGUGUAUAUACUUCAACAUUUGUAUUACAUAUAAGAAAGUAUCUAUUAUAAUAAGAGAUUCUAAUGUA